AUGGCACCACGACUACGUACCUCUGCUACCGAUCGAUCAUUGGACUCGCCGACGAAUUCAGAAUCCAGAGCGACACUUCUGACAAGUCAACGCGGAAGUCAGGACUCGAUGGAUAGCGCCGCUGAAACCACUUCAAUCGCCUCGGGAACUAUAAGCUCACGUGACGGAAAGAAAAAAGGAAAUUGGCUGAAAAAGUUCUCGUUUGGGAAGAGCAACAAGUCAUAA